AUGUACUCUCUUGAUCACACACCUCCCACGGACAAGGACAGGAAUGGGAACGGGAAGAGUGUAAUAGAAAGGAUUCGAAGCACAACGAAAUCGCAUCUGGGGCUCCACAAGCGUCGUCUCAAGCUCCCCGUUGACGCUCACAAAGCCCUAGUUGUGCCUACCAACGAUUUGCCGAUGGAUUCUGACUGGCGCGACCAUGGCGUUAAAGAUCAGUUUUUUGUUGAAGGGUUUUUGGAAAUUGAAUUUUGUGAACAAUGCAGCCGGAUCAUCGAAAGAAACUUGACUUUGUGCUGGUCGUGUUCCUUGAACUUAACCAUUAGACCUUUUGCAUACUAUGAGUUGAUAGAUGGAAGAUACACACAAUACUGCGAACAAAUGCAGGCAAUGGUGAAUUCUUUUGAAUUGGUAAUUGGAAAUGGGGCAGCAAUGCCAUACACAGAGCUAGCCCAGAAGGCAAUGUCUCGGCAUUUCCGAGGCACAAGGAUGCAAUAA